CAAGGGGAAUAAUAAAGUAUUACAGAAGUUAAUAGUAAGUACCAAGAUAUAAAGAUGGAAGAAUAAUAGACACGCCAAAACAUAAGCACCAACAACAAAAGGAAAUAGGUGCAAAGGCACAAAGGCCAAGUCCCACUUGGGUAGCAUAUAAAGCCUUAGAUCAUUGCUUUAGUUUAGGGUUCUUGAACAGCAGAAAUGACGACAUUCUGGGCAAGAUACUCCUUUGUUGUAGGGGGCUGUCUUGUGCACUGUAGGAUGUUUAGCAGUAUCCUUGGUCUUUACUCACUAGAUACCAGUAGCAACCCCCCCCCCAACAAAACUGUGACAACCAAAAGUCUCCCUACAUUGGCAAAUGUCCAGGGGAGAAGAGUCACCAAAAGGACCUCCGGUUGAGAAUCACUGCUCUACCUGGUCUAAAUAGUAAGUGGAUUUUCUGAGCAUCUCAUUAAGAAAUUAAAAAAAAAAAAACUUUUAGUGAAUGUUUUCCUGGCAACUGAUCUAUUUCCCAGAACUAGUCUUUCACUGAAAUGUCAAAAAUUGCAUGUAAUAGUAUUUUCCAGUUCCUUUAAAUGAACAUAAACAUGAUUCAGCGAGUGUAUUAUUAAGCAACUUUUGAGUGACUUAACAAUUUAUCAGAAAUAUUUUCCCUUUAAAUAACAUUUAAAUUGCUGCAUCAUUUGGUGUCAUUUUAUUACUUUGAAUCUUUCUGUGCGGUAGCCAAUUUCUACUUGUCUAAUGAUAUCAGACAAAUGGAAUUAAAAGCUUGUGUCUGCUUGUACACGUUUCAGUAGAGUUUUUUUAUAUAAAAUCGAGGGGAGGGACCCCUCUAAUAUGAAUUUGAAGUAACUCUGUUAGGGACUCCUUUUCUUUCUUUAACCUUUCCUUGGGAAGUCUGGAAUCCUUCAAGAAAUUGGCCAUUGGGCGGUAAGGACGAUAAUGAAUGAGCUCUGCAUCUGUGAGAAUCCUCAUCUCACAAUAACCUAAACCUUGAAGCUCCUGCUAGCUCAGUGGCUCAUAGUGCUGGCAGCCUGACUUGCAGUGGGGGAAACAGAAGGAGCUUUUUCUCCCUCCGCUCUACCCAGGAUCUUCUGGGAGUGAGGCAGGUGGCCAUAAUUAUUCUUAAACACGAUCGUUCCAUUUCUGAAAAAAGCCAAUCAAACCUGUAAUCAGGAGACUGGUCCACAGAUUACAGCACGGCCAUCAGCUGGGUGUCAAGUCUCCUCCUUCCUCCCCGUCCUGUUUCGGAGGUUUAUUUUUAAUGUGAUUAAUUUCAUUUGGAGGAGCCGGGAAGGUCACAUACCCCAGGAGAAUCACCUUGGUUUACCCUAUCUCUGAACUCAGGUGGAAGGGUUUCCUCAGUGGGUGGGACCUACACUUCAAAGCAGGAAAGCCAAGACAGUUUUCUGGCCGAGAUGGAAAAAUCCUCUUCCUUCAGAAAGUCUAAAGACGGGGUACGCUCAAAUAAGUCUUCGGCCAGCAAGUGAAUCUCUCUAACCGCUCUCUCCUCUUCCCCAGCGCCUCCUGCGUCCUUGCAACCCCAUUCCCAAUGCACGCGAGUGCGUGCGAGCAGACUCGGAGCUCGGCUCACAGGCCGGGAACUCUCCCUGGAGCACCCGCUAAAUAGCAAACAGAUGCCCAGCAUGCCAAAGAUCCCACCGACUGGGGCACCGCCUGGGACUCCCGGCCCGGCCGUUUCUGAAUGGAGGAAUGGCUGGCCCCACGACUGUUGCCUUAAACGAGCCGGUUUUGAAAGCAGAACAUUCCCUUUCGCGGGGGCGCCCCCUCUCUACCCCGGAGCCGCAGAGGAACUCUCCCUGCCUUUCUGUCGGCCACUCCUCCAGGCCCACUUCCCAAGCUCCGAAACGGUCCGCGACCCCUGACCUGGUUGCCAUCGUUGCACUCGCCCGCCCGGGCUGCGUGAGUCCCGAGCUGAUUCAGGUGGCGAAUUUAGGGCCCAACGAUCGCGCUCGGGGAGUUAGUUCUGAUGGCGCGGAUGUCCCCCCGAGGGUAAUCUCAGAGCGCGUCUCCGGAAGCCCGGAUCCCUAAGCCCCCUCACCUCACCCCCCAGCACUCGCAUCCCCGGGUAGCGGCCAGCAGGUGUGCUAUUCGCAGACCACCCUGCAGUCGAGGAGCCGGAGUGUGUCCUGCGCUCGUCUCCUUUCCGACACUGGAAAGCGCGCCGGGGCGCACCCAACAAAUCUCAUUAAUCCAAACAUCCUCGUCCGAAGUGUCCCAAGUUCGAGUUUGGCCCGACGGUCCCCUUCCCGCGUCGACGCUGGAAGCCUCUUCUGCUAGGGCUUUCCCUUCGGACCCGAAGGGGCGCGCGCGGCGGGGCGCGGGAUCCGCCUCUUCCCCGGGCUCUGGCUGGGCGGGGGUGGGUAGGCAGGGACCUGCAUCUGAUUAGCUGGGAGGGGGAAGCCGUGGUCGCAACCGCUCGCUCCUGUCUCCCAAGCUUCUGGGGGAGGAGGAGGAGGAGGAGGAAGAAGAGGUGGAGGAGGACCGAGACAGAGAGCUAGAGCCGGGGUCCCCGUCACUGAGCACCCGGGUCAAGGUUGGAGCUACCGCCGCCGCCGCCUUCCGGCUCUCGAGUCGCCCUCGCCCCGGGCCCAGCCAUGGGUCCCCCUUCCAGCUCCGGCUUCUACGUGAGCCGCGCGGUCGUCGUGCUGCUGGCCGGGCUGGCGGCCGCGCUCCUGCUGGCGCUGGCCGUGCUCGCCGCCCUGUACGGCCGCUGCGCGCGAGUCCCGCCGUCGGAGCUUCUCCACCGCGGAGUCCCGGGCGCCGCGCCCUCCCGGCCCAGCACGCAGGAGGAGCCGCGGCCCACCGGGCACACCCGCCCCACCCGUGAGCCGGCGGGGACGACCACCCCGGGCAACGGGCGCCCUCCGGGACCCUGGGACCAGCUGCGCCUGCCGCCUUGGCUCGUGCCACUGCACUACGAGCUGGAGCUGUGGCCCCGGCUGCGGCCGAACGAGUCCUGGGCUCCGACGUUGACCUUCACCGGCCGCGUGAACAUCACGGUGCGCUGCACCGUGGCCACCGCGCGGCUGCUGCUGCACAGCCUCUUCCUGGAGUGUGAGAGCGCCGAGGUGCGGGGUCCUCUCUCCUCCGGCACCGGGGACCGCACGGCGGGCCGCGUGCCGGUGGACGACGUGUGGGUCGCGUUCGACACGCAGUACCUGGUGCUGGAGCUCGGCGGCGCUCUGCAGCCCGGGGGCCGGUAUGAGCUACAGCUCAGCUUCUCCGGCCUGGUGUACCAGGAUCUCAGGGAGGGACUCUUCUUCAACGUCUACACGGACCAGGGGGAGCGCAGGGCCCUGUUAGCGUCUCAGAUGGAACCCACAUUUGCCAGGAGUGUGUUUCCUUGUUUUGAUGAGCCAGCUCUAAAGGCAACUUUUAAUAUUACAAUUAUUCAUCACCCAAGCUAUGUGGCCCUUUCCAACAUGCCAAAACUAGGUCAGUCUGCAAGGAGAGAUGCGAAUGGAAGCACAUGGACAGUCACCACGUUUUCCACCACGCCCCACAUGCCAACUUACUUAGUGGCCUUGGCCGUAUGUGACUAUGCCCACGUGGACAGAACCGAAAGGGGCAAGGAGAUACGCAUCUGGGCCCGGAAAGACGCCAUCGCGAACGGAAAUGCAGACUUUGCUUUGAACCUCACAGGUCCCAUCUUCUCUUUUCUGGAAGAUUUAUUUAAUAUUAGUUACCCUCUUCCUAAAACAGAUAUAAUUGCCUUGCCUACUUUUGACAACAGUGCAAUGGAAAAUUGGGGACUAUUGAUAUUCGAUGAGUCAUUAUUGCUGAUGCAACCAAAUGAUCAAGUAACAGACAAAAAGGCUGUGAUCUCCUUCAUUCUCUCCCAUGAGAUCGGACAUCAGUGGUUUGGAAAUUUGGUUACCAUGAAUUGGUGGAACGAUAUCUGGCUCAAAGAGGGUUUUGCAUCUUAUUUUGAAUUUGCAGUAAUUAACUACUUCAAUCCUAAAUUCCCAAGAAAUGAGAUCUUUUUUUCUAACAUUUUACAUAAUGUCCUCAGUGAAGAUCACGCCCUGGUGUCUAGAGCUGUGUCCUUGAAGGUGGAAAAUUUCACAGAAACCAGUGAAAUAAAUGAGCUCUUUGACUUAUUUACUUACAACAAGGGAGCAUCUUUGGCCCGAAUGCUUUCUAGCUUCCUGAAUGAGAAUUUAUUUCUCAGUGCGCUCAAGUCAUAUUUGAAGACAUUUUCUUACUCAAAUGCUGAGCAAGAUGAUUUAUGGAGGCAUUUUCAAAUGGUCAUCGAUGACCAGAAUAAAAUUCUUUUGCCAGCGACAGUAAAAAGCAUAAUGGACAGUUGGACCCGCCAGAGUGGUUUUCCAGUUAUCACCUUAAAUGUAUCCACUGGUGCCAUCAAACAAGAGCCAUUUUAUCUUGGAAAGGUUAAAAAUGAGACUCUCCUAGCCCACAAUGACACAUGGAUUGUACCUAUUCUUUGGAUUAAAAAUGGAAUUACACAGUCUCUAGUCUGGCUAGAUAAAAGCAGCAAAAUAUUCCCUGAAAUGCAAGUUUCAGCUUAUGAUCACGACUGGGUGAUUCUAAAUUUGAAUAUGACUGGAUAUUACAGAGUUAACUAUGAUACAUUAGGUUGGAAGAAGCUAAAUCAACAGCUUGAAAAAGAUCCUAAGGCUAUUCCUGUUAUCCACAGGCUGCAGCUGAUUGACGAUGCCUUUUCCUUGUCUAAACACAGUUAUAUUGAGAUUGAAACAGCCCUUGAUUUAACCAAGUACCUUGCUGAAGAAGAUGAAAUCAUAGUAUGGUACGCGGUCUUGGUGAACCUGGUAACCAAGGAUCUUGUUUUUGAUGCGAACAGCUAUGAUAUGUACCCAUUAUUAAAGAAGUAUCUGUUAAAGAGACUUAUCUCGAUAUGGAAUAUGUAUUCAACUGUCAUUCGUGAAAACGUGGCAGUGUUACAAGACGACUAUUUAGCCCUAGUAGCCCUGGAAAAACUUUUUGAAACUGCAUGCUGGUUGGGCCUUGAAGACUGUCUUCAGCUGUCAAGAGAACUCUUCAAAAACUGGGUGAACCAUCCAGAGAAUGAAAUACCUUCUCCGAUUAAAAGUGUAAUUUUAUGCUAUGGCGUCGCCUUGGGAAGUGAGGAAGAGUGGGACUUUCUGUUAAAUAUGUACACUAAUAAAACAAAGGAAGAAGAAAGGAUUCAACUCACUUAUGCAAUGAGCUGCAGUAAAGACCCAUGGAUACUUAACAGAUAUAUGGAGUAUGCCAUUACUGCAUCGCCUUUCGCUUUUAAUGAAACAAAUAUCGUUGAGGUUGUGGCAGCAUCUGAAGUGGGCCGGUACAUUGCAAAGGACUUUCUAGUCAACAACUGGCAAGCUGUGAGUGAAAGGUACGGAACACAAUCGCUGGUUAGUCUCAUGUAUAUAAUAGGGAGAACCAUAAGUACAGACUUGCAGAUCACAGAGCUGCAGCAGUUUUUUGGCAACAUGUUGGAAGAGCACCAGAGGCUCACAGUCCACGCGAAAUUACAGACAAUAAAGAAGAAAAAUCUGGAAAACAAAACACGCAAUGCCAGGAUGAUGGCAUGGCUACGGAAGAACACAUAACCGGCGCCCCUCCUGCCUGCUAGAAUGGAUUUCACUCACACUUUUAUCUCCCAGGGCUUCGUGAGUCUGCAAAACCACAUGUGUUGUUAUUUGUAUGUCAGUCACAUUUGCUCCUCAGGGUCCUUCCUGUUCUUCCCAGGCUGUCCCCUUUGGCCCCAAGGCUCACUGAUUCCCCAGGACGUUGCCAACCCAGGGGAUGAUUUUACUUUCCUGUUGGGCUGUGAAGCCACAGAAUUUACUCGGGGUGCCUUGUAAAAACAAAUUUACCUUAGAAAGCCUUGCUUAUUCUGUUGUGAAAGCCAGCAGAAUACUGGAUCAUUGGCCAACUGAGCACAUCUUCUCUGAGGGAAAACACAGACUUGCAAUACUCUGGAUUUUAUGUAGUUCAUUAUUUAAAAGCGUCAUUAGCAAAUAACACAACAGUGUAAAGAAAGAGAAACCAGACAAAUAAUACUCACUAGGACCUAGAGAAGCCAAGGAAACAUUUUAAAAAGAAGGAACAGCUCAUCCUAGGAGCCAUGUGAAGUGCCUGAAGGGCCAGACAUGGGUCUUCUGUCCAUUUCUCUCUUCCCACAGGGCCUAUCACAUUGUGCCACACAUUACAGGCCACUGAAGUUUAGGGUGUCACAAAAAGCCAGGAUCGCAGGAUCCGUGACGUGCCCUUCAGAUUGUGGAGGCCCGAAGGAACCUUCCUGAAGCCGGAGACUGCAUCCCCACCUGUGGGCCGGGCACUCACUCAGCCCAAGUUUAUGAACAAAAAUAAGGGUGUCAACAGACAGUAGCCAUAAGGGACUGAUUUUCAGCACAAAGGGAAGUGGUCAAAUAAAGAGAAAGAGAACAAAAAGCCUAACCACAGCAGACUCUUUACAGCUCUGCACUCAGGGCAUGAAGUCAGAAAUGUGGUUCCAUUUGGCCAAACUGAACCUGCUUGUAAGUGGGGACAACUUGAAACGCAUUCUUCAGUUGCAGCGUUGGGAGUUGGCUUAGAUCGGUUACCCCGGAUUGAAUCGAGAUGGCUAAGGCAAAUCAUCCCACCCUAGACUUUGUGUGUGUUUAAUUCUGUGUCUUCAUUUUGAUUUUGUUUUUGUAGAAAGGGGCUAAGGCUACAGAUCUCCGAUCUACCUCAGAGGGAUGUAAAAAUUAAGAGAGGCUUUAAAAUACGUUGUAUGAGCUCAAGGCCUUGUGAUCUAGGGUUUUCUCCCCCUCCCUCUUGUGUAAGUCGAUGCAGCCACAAAUGAAGAUGCAAAAAACCAGAGUUGGCUUUUGUAUUCGCUUCACAAGAAGAUGCUCCCUGAGUGAGCAGGAGGCCAUGGGACGUGGCCCCAAAACCAACCAAAGCGCUGCCUCCUCAGACUUUGACCAUGGGUCAUAGGUCAGAGAGCUUUUUCCUUAAAUUUAGAAAUGUACAACUUAAGCAA